AUGCCAAGAGCAACUAUACCGCUAAGACCACCAUCUUUGUCAAAUCUCAGAACAACACACUCAAUCUUUGCAAAGUGCAACACUUGUAUCCAAAAAUCGGUAAGAUCAUCAUCAUCAUCAUCAUCAUCAUCAUCAUCAUCAUCAUCAAAGCCAAGAGAAGUCAGAUGA